CGGGCCCGAGGCGGGCGCCGGAAGCGGCCGAGCGACUAGGGGACGUCGCGUCGCCGGGUCUCCAGCAGCUGCCGCGGAGCCGCCGGACGGACCGCCAGCCCCGUUUGCCCCGCCAUGGCUGAGAGUGACUGGGACACGGUGACGGUGCUGCGCAAAAAGGGCCCCACGGCCGCCCAGGCCAAGUCCAAGCAGGCCAUCUUAGCAGCUCAGAGACGAGGAGAAGAUGUGGAGACUUCCAAGAAAUGGGCCGCCGGCCAGAACAAACAGCAUUCGAUCACCAAGAACACAGCCAAGCUGGACCGGGAGACCGAGGAGCUGCACCACGACCGGGUGACCCUGGAGGUGGGCAAGGUGAUCCAGCAGGGCCGGCAGGGCAAAGGGCUGACGCAGAAGGACCUGGCGACGAAAAUCAACGAAAAGCCACAGGUCAUCGCGGACUAUGAGAGUGGCCGGGCCAUUCCUAACAACCAGGUUCUGGGCAAGAUCGAGAGAGCCAUCGGCCUCAAGCUCCGGGGGAAAGACAUUGGGAAGCCGAUCGAGAAGGGGCCGAGGGCAAAAUGAACACAAAGCCUCGAAAUCAGUGCGUCCCGGCUGAUCUCAUCUGGCUGGUUCCCCCUGACCACCAGCGCCAGCGUGGGUCCCCUCACGCGGCCGUGCGGAACACAGGGCAGUAGCCCUGCCCGGGAACCCCCUCUCCCCGUACCUGCUGUCAAACUAACAAAACCUUGCAGAGUG